AUGGCCUCGUCACUCGAUCGCCAGCAGCCUCCGCAGCAGCUGGCAGGCACAAAGCGCCCGCCUCCCAGCCAUCCCGAUCGCUACGACUACCCGCCCAUGCCCCACCACAUGGCCCACGACCCUUACCACAACGCCCCUCCAGGCUACCCCCCGCAGCCCAUGUACGGCCCCAGGGAGCAUGGACGCCCCGUCCACAUCCCCCUGCACCACCGGGCGCCCUCUCCGCCCCCGCCUCAGCAGCAGCAUCCGUCUGCCGCGCAGCACCGAGCAGAGCGGUCAGCCAUCCACAGCGUCAACAGCGCAUCCGCCAACGGCGGCAUGAUGGCCAUGCAGGCGCCGCCGCCCCAUUCUUCCCGCCAGCCCCUGCCCAACUAUGCCCAGCAUGGUCCGGGGCCGGCGUCCGGCCAGCGCUCGCCCUCCUGGCAGCAGCAGCAGCAGCAGCAGCAGCCUCUCUACGCGGGCCCCGCACAGCACCAGCAGCCGCUGCCUCCCCAUCUUCAGCAAGGUCCCUACCCUCCUCCUGGCCCACCUCCUUCGUCGUCUCACCAGCAACAGCACCGUCGUUCGCCCGGUCAGAUGGGCAGCUCGAUGUCGCUACCGCCGCCUCCGCCGCCGCACUCGUCGUCUCCCUCGAUGCCGCUGGCCGGCGGUCCCUCGUCGUCGGCCGCACCUUCGGCAGCACCUCCGACGGGCGGACCGGCCAUUUCCGAGGCACACGCUCGAUCGCUCGCCUCGCCGGCCGCAGCCAGCCGCAAGUCGCCUAAGCUGAGCGGCGCCACUGGCACCGGGUCUGGCAAGGGCUCCCGGGCGACCAAGGAGAAGAAGGAGGCUGCAGCUGCUGCCGCCGCCGCCGCAGGUGGUGCGGCGUCGUCUUCCAAGACCGCUGGCGCUUCUGCAGCGGGCACAGCUGGGUCUGCCGCCUCGACGCCUGCGAGCAAGAGGGCAGCGACCAAGGCCGAGAAGAACGCUGCGGCUGCUGCUACCGCCGCCGCCGCUGCUGCUGCCACUGCUGUAAACCCUGCCCAGCCACCGCAAGCAGACGGCGCAGCUGCUGCACCCGCGGCCACCGGCGCUCCUCCGGAGAGCAAGAAGGACAAGAAGCGCAAGGAGGUCAUCGAGCGGAUUCAUCGCAUCCACUUUGACAACAUCGAGAACCGCGAGCUACUGUACCAGGACGUCUACCAGGCGCUUACAUCGUCGUACAACACGCUGCUCUCGUCGCCCUCGCGCCUCCGCCAGUACACGCUCGAGCUGACCCGCCUCACGCUGCAGCGCGACGCGGCACUGCGCGAGUCGGCGCUGCUCCACGCGCACCAGCUCGAAUCCGCUCGCCUCGCCUACGAGAACGAGAAGCACAAGGUCGACGAAGAGGCGCGGCUGGCCAAGAAGGGCGCACGCGAGAAGCUGCUGGCCGUCGUCGAGCAGACCAAGAAACGCCUCCAGGAAGAAAAAGAGAGCGGCGACGUCGCCGUCGACGCCUUCUUUGACAGCACGCAGCGCCCGCACACGACGCGCAAGCUGCGCAACAAGGCCACGUCGUCGCGGCGAGGCGGCGCGGCCGUCGACGACGAGCCUCGCAACGCCACCGGAGGCCGACUGAGGUGGGACAUCGGCAAGAGCCUCAACCAGCUGACGCCUGCCAAGGACUACGAGAUCGAGUCGGAUCUGAUCAACAUCCGCAAGACGGGCGGCAAGCGCGCGCGGCGCAAGUAG